UGGUGCUUAAACGUGUUUGGUGUAAUAAAGUGUUCUUUUGCUUGGAUAUAAAGUUCCUGAUAUACUGACUUUGGCAUUUGAGAUGUCAAAAGAGGUCUUGGCAAAAUGAUUCUGUAUUAUUAGCCAUCUACAGUUUUGUGGGCAGUAUGUGCAAUACAGUUGGGGCGUUGCUCUCAAAACAGCUCACCAUUCAGGUUUUCACAGGAGCAUUAAUGGCUGCAAUGGAUCUUCUGCAGUUCCUACUAAUUCUUUAUCCAAUGGGUGCAUUAAGGUCCAACUUCAAGUCUAAAUCCAAUACUUCUGCUUUCCUGCCUGAUGAAGUGCAAGUUCACUCAGCAGUUAGGAUUAACAGCAGUGGUGACAACCUCCGAUAUGGAGGUAUUGCUUCAACAGGUAGAACCUGACACAGAAGACGAAAAAGAAGAUGAUGAUGAGCGACAGGAGAAAAUGCAAACUGAGUCAGUCAAGAAAAAGAAAUUAAGCUGGAUGCCGCUAAACAUUGUUUCUAAAGCCACCAGUCUUCAGAAUUGUGGAUCAGUUGGCUGUUAUGUUGGAAUGAUUAUUGAACCAGUGCAGGAGUGGCAGUCUGAUGGUGAAAAAAAGCACUGGAACUUGCACACAGAGCUCCAGAAUGAACAGGAAACUGCAUGGUGCAGUGUACAGCCCAACGAUAGCUGUGUUCUAACUACCAGCUCUGAAGUGAUUGAACACGUCUGAGGAGUGCAGAAUCAAUGCAAACAUGCAUCUAUAUUAGCAGAGUGCACAGAUAAUGGUGAAAAAAAAUAACUGAAUAUUGACUGAACAGACAAUGACCUGUUAAAUAAUUUCUACACUGCAUGUAUACUGUCUUACAUGUUUCUGCAUUACAAAAAGUUGAUGCAUUUUUUAUGGCUUCCAUCUACUUAAAGGCCGGCUUCAACAGGAUAGUUUUCACACAACACUCAGAAUCACCAUGUGUACCAAAUCAUACAAGCAGAUGUUAAGUAUGCAAUUGCAGAGUGCAUCUUUUAAUAGGCAAGAGCAUAUCCUUUAAACUAGUUAUCUUAUUAAUAACCCUCCAUGUCAGUGACUGAAAGGUAUGUAGAUUCAUGUAGAAAGGACUGUGGCAUCAGGAUGUCUUGCUCAUUAAAAUGGAAAUUAAGAACUA